AUGGAACACAAUAUCAAAACCCAUCAUCUUCCCAUUCACACCAUUCUUUCAAACUCUCCUCCAUCUUCAUCUUCCUCACCUCCUUUACAAUCUCCCACACCUUUUCCUUCAUUGCUUUCUCAAUAUUCUCCUCCCUCCACCGCCCCCGCCCCCGCCGCCGCUGCUCCAUCUCCUCCCCCGCCAAUUGUUGUUAGCCCUUGUGCUGCUUGCAAGAUCCUUCGUCGAAGGUGUGUCGAAAAGUGUGUCUUAGCUCCAUAUUUUCCUCCCACCGAUCCACUCAAGUUCACUAUUGCUCAUAGAGUCUUUGGAGCAAGCAACAUCAUUAAGUUUUUGCAGGAACUACCUGAACCUCAAAGAGCAGAUGCAGUGAGCAGCAUGGUAUAUGAAGCAAAUGCUAGAAUAAGGGAUCCAGUCUAUGGUUGUGCAGGUGCAAUAUGUCAACUUCAAAAGCAAGUUAAUGAGCUACAAACACAGCUAGCGAAAGCACAAGCUGAGUUAGUCAACAUGCAUUGCCAACAAGCAAAUCUAGUAGCACUAAUUUGCAUGGAAAUGAGUACUCAGUCAUCACCAUCAUCAUCACAAGACCAUAACAUAAUCAUCAAUCAACCUCAACCUCAUGUUGACAUGAGUUGCUUCUUAGAAGACAACACUUUUGGGUCUGCUUGGGAGCCUCUAUGGACAUGA